UUAAAUUUCAGAAGGUCUGUGACCAUCAAAAAUUAAAACAAUGACACAUAAAAACCAAUGCCUGAAACAUUCUAUUCGCAUUGUGGUUUUAUAAAAUGAAUUCGUUUGUAACAUUCCUGCUGUUGGUUGUCAUUUUGCUAAUUUUACUCUAUGCAAAAUAUACGCAAAAAAUUCGAUUUUGGAAACGUCAUGGAGUGGAAAGCAUUAGCCUUUUGGAACUAUACAAACGAUCGAAGAAGAAGCCCUGGGGUAUCAACUUGAAUAAAUUCUAUCAGCAAAUGUAUGCCGAAAAGAAACCAUUUAAGGUCAUAGAACUUUUGUUUGAAUCCCUACUGCUGGUGCAGGAUCUGGAGGCCAUCAAAGAUAUAAUGAUAACUAAUUUCGAAAGUUUUCCCGAUCGAGGGUUAUAUGUGAACCAUCGUGAGGCCCUCAGUGCCAAUGUGUCGCGUCUCGAUUAUGACAUGUGGAAACCUUUGCGAAUGAAAAUGUCACCCACAUUUUCGCCGGCCAAGUUGCGGCAUAUGUUUCCCAAUCUUUUAGGGGUAGCCAAGCAAUUGGUGGCGGUGCUGGGCGAGCAAUGUGACAAAGGUCAUGGAGGUGCAGUUCAAAUGUUUGAUUUGUGUGCACGAUUUACCACCGACAUUAUAGGUAAUGUGGCCUUUGGCAUUGAAUGCAAUAGCUUGCGUGAGCCAAACACGGAAUUUCGUAUUCAAGGCAAUCGUGCUUUCUAUCAGACUCUAAAUCCCCUAUGGGAUAUGAUUGGAGCUAAAUUCCCCAAGUUGAUGGCAUUCUUCAAUGUUCAUGUGUUUAGCAGGGAAGCCAACGAAUUUUUCAAAAAAGUCUUCCGGGACACCAUGGAGCAUAGGCAGAAAAACAAUAUAAGACGUAAUGACUUUAUGGACCUACUACUGGAAUUGCAGAAAGAGCCAGCGAAUGGAGAGGAUUUUAAACUAACCUUUGACUUGAUGGUGGGACAACUCUUUGUUUUCUUUAUAGCUGGUUUUGAGACCACA